UGGCGGACAUGGCGGCCGGCGUGGAAGCGAAGGGGUUCGAGCACAUGGGGCUGGACCCGCGGCUGCUGCGGGCAGUGUCCGAGCUGGGCUGGUCAGUCCCCACGGCCAUCCAGGCCAGGGCCAUCCCGCUGGCCAUGGAGGGCCGGGAUCUGCUGGCCCGGGCCAGGACGGGCUCCGGGAAGACGGGAGCGUACGGAUUGCCCCUGCUGCACAAAGUGCUGACCAGUAAACAGGCAGCCCCGGUGGUGUCUCAGGCCGUGCGGGCGCUGGUUCUGGUUCCGUCGGCAGAGCUGGCCCGGCAGGUGGGGCAGAGCCUGCGGGGCCUGGCUGCCUUCUGCGGCCGCCAGCUGCGCCUGGCCGAGCUCUGCGGCCACUCGGACCUCGCUGAGCAGCGGCCGGUGCUGAUGGAGCAGCCGGACAUCGUGGUGGGCACUCCCGGCCGUGUCCUGGCUCACGUGGCCGGGCAGGCUCUGGCCCUGCGGCCGUCCCUGGAGGUUCUGGUGCUGGACGAGGCGGAUCUGCUGCUCUCCUUCGGCUUCGGCGACGACAUCAAGGCCCUGCUCUGCCACCUGCCCAAGAUCUACCAGGCCCUGCUGGUGUCGGCCACCCUCAACCCCGAGCUGGAGGCGCUGCAGGAGCUGGUGCUGCACAACCCCGUUCACGUUCUGCCCCCGGAGCCGCGUCUCCCGGGCCGUUGGCAGCUGCAGCAGUUGCAGCUGCGCUGUUCCUCAGAGGAGGACAAGUUCCUGCUGCUGGCGGCGCUGCUGAAGCUGCGGCUGCUGCGGGGCCGGGCUCUGCUCUUCGUGGCCGGGCUGUCCCGCGCCUUCCGCCUCAAACUCUUCCUGGAGCAGUUCGGGAUCGCGGCCUGCGCCCUCAACCCGCAGCUGCCGGCGCGGUCACGGUGUCACGUCAUUGCCCAGUUUAACCGAGGUCUCUACGAUUACAUCGUGGCCACCGACGAGGAGGGGACAGCGGAGCCACCCCGGCACCGCCCGCGCAAGGAGGGGACAGCCAGGAAGGGUGGCAGUGACAGGGGACAGUCCCCUCAGUGUCCCCAGGACCCCGAGUUCAGCGCCUCCCGUGGCAUCGACUUCCAGAACGUCGCCGCCGUCGUCAACUUCGAUGUCCCCGGCUCGGUGGAGUGCUACAUCCACCGUGUGGGCAGGACAGCCCGUGGGGACAAGCCGGGCACGGCGCUGACGCUGGCACUGCCACACGAGCUGGAGCGGCUGCGGCGCAUCGAGGACGCGCUGGCAGGAGAGGACGGCCAGUCCCUGCUGCAGCCCUACGAGUUCCGCAUGGAGGAGAUCGAGACCCUGCGGUACCGCUGCCGGGAUGCCAUGCGCGCUGUCACCAAGCAGGCCGUGCGCGAGGCGCGGCUCCGGGAGCUGCGGCAGGAGCUGCUCAACUCCGAGAAACUCAAGGUGUAUUUUGAGGACAAUCCCCGGGAUUUGCAGGCCUUGAGGCACGACCGGCCCCUGCACCCCGCGAUCGUCCAGCCCCACCUGGGACACGUCCCCGAGUACCUGGUGCCCCCCGGUCUCCGCGGCGUCGCCAACCCCAACCCCAAAAAGAGGAAAAGUCUCCGAGGGGCCGGGGCCCGACGUGGGGGGAGCAAGCCCCGCGGCUCCGGGAAUCCCCUGCAGAGCUUCCGGUACAGCCGGCGGGGGAACAGGCGGGGGACACCUGGGGACACCUCCUGAGACACCUGGGGACACCUGGGGACAGCUCCUGAGACACCUGGGGACACCUGGGGACACCUGGGGACACCCCUGAGACACC